AUGGGCGCCACCACUCCAGAUCAACACCAUAAAGAUGAUAUCGAAAGUAUACACACACUACCAGAACACCAAAAUUCUGAAAAACAUCCCGAUUCGGAAACUGAAGAAGAGCAACAAGAUGUACCUUACUCGAGCUUCACGACAUGGCAGAAACGGCUUAUCGUUCUAGCUGCUGCCACGACGGCUUUGUUCUCGCCAAUGACAGCCCAAAUCUACUUCCCUGCCUUGCCAGCCAUAGCCAAAGAUCUAAAUGUUACCACAUCGCAGAUCAAUCUUACUGUCACGACUUACAUGAUCUUUCAAGGGAUCACACCCAUGUUUGUUGGAUCGCUGGCGGAUAGCGGUGGCAGAAGACCUGCGUAUAUGGUAUGCUUUACUAUCUACAUCGCUGCGAAUAUCGGUCUUGCACUUGCACCUAGCUAUGGCGCUUUACUUGGUCUUCGAUGCUUGCAAUCUGCAGGUUCGGCUAGCACUGUUGCGCUGUGCUUCGCGGUCGUGGCAGAUGUGGUCACUUCUGCUGAGAGAGGACAGUAUAUCGGUCUGACAGCUGUGCCCAGUGUACUCGGUCCUGCCUUGGGACCGGUCAUUGGUGGUUUGUUGGCAGAGUUCCUGGGAUGGAGAUCUAUCUUCUGGUUCCUGGCCAUCUUUGCUGGUGUUGGUCUCUUUCUCAUCGUCAUGUUUUACCCCGAGACAUGUCGCCAUAUCGUUGGGGACGGUUCUAUCAGACCGCCUGUCAUGUACCGUUCGAUAUGGCAGAUUCUCAAAUUGCGACGCAAAAGAGACAAGGCCGGCCUGACUCGACAGGUCUCGACGGCUUCGACGACCAACAAGUUCAAGUUCAAACCGCCCAACGUCCUGGAGUCAAUCCUCAUGCUUUUCGAGAAGGAAACAGGCCUUCUUCUUGCCUUCAGCAGCAUCUGCUUUGCAGGCUUCUACUGCGUCGCAACCGCCAUGCCCACCCUAUUCGCAGAGAUUUACGGCUUCAAUGAAGUCGAGAACGGACUGAUGUUCCUUCCCAUGGCAGCUGGAUCCGUCAUCGCAGCUUUCAUUGUAGGGACUUUCACGAACCGCAACUACAAACGCCACUGUGAUAAACUCGGGAUUCCAUACGAAAGAAGCAAGCAGCAAGAUCUUUCCACUUUUCCCAUAGAGCGCGCCCGUCUUGAGAUUGGGUUUCCUCUUCUCAUGGUCGCAGCGGCUAUGGUGAUUAGCUGGGGCUGGGCCGUCCACGCGCAGACACAUGUCGCUGUACCAUGCGUACUAAGCGGCCUCAUGGGCGUGGGCAUUGUCGGCUUCAAUAACACGACCAAUUCUUUGCUGAUAGACAUCCAUCCUGGUAAACCUGGGACUGCGAGUGCAGCUAAUAACUUGACGCGAUGUCUGGUGGGUGCUGGGGCCAGUGCAGCGAUCAUACCCAUGAUUGACGCUAUGGGUAUUGGCUGGGCUUUUACCCUUGUUGGUAGUGGUAGCGGUUAUGAAAAGUCAGACUUCUACUUGGCAACCGCUCUAAGCAAACCACACAUCGACUACCAUCUCAACCCAGAAUUUCCAGACACACUCGAUCUUCUCUCAGAAAGAGACAUACGACGCUAUCGCAUGCAACGUCGUCUGAUAGGUCCGGUAUACCAAACAUCCAAUCUCAUCCAAUAUGAACCUGUUAUCGAUGAAGUUCUCACACGCGCAAUCGCCAAACUGAAGAGCCUGAAGGGCGCCCAGGUGGAACUAAAUGAGUGGAUGCACAUUAUCGCCGUCGAGUGUCUCAGCGCAAUCGUUCUAUCAUGGUCACCGGGCAUGUUAAAGAGUGGUACCGACAAUGGUUCGGGAACACAUGCUUACCAUGGCUGGAGACGAAAGAGUGUCUUUGGACUGUUUCCUCUAGUUGCGAAACUGGAAUUUUUGAACAAGUCCAUUGGGAGGCUUUUCAGUACUAUCUGGGGUGUUAACUUUCAGCCUCCUAAAGACUUUAGACCUUUCUUCCCUGAUGUUGGAAAGAGAGUUUCACGGCGUGUCAAUACAGCUACACGUGCCAAGCACUAUAAGGAUGACCGUCAAGAUCUUUUGACAGACUUAAUACAGCUGAACAAAUCGAAGCCUGACUUCACAGUCCCUUAUCUUCGCAAAAUGGCCAUCACCAACUUUGGUGCUGGGCAUGAGACAAUGGCUUCGACAUUGACGUCUAUAAUGGCUCUUCUUGGUUCAAACGAGGAUGUACAAACACAUGUUUCUCGCGAGGUUCUAGAAACGAAUGACCCAACCGCCUAUUCUACUGCGAUACGCCUGCCAGAAAUACAGUCUCUCAUCAAAGAAACAAAACGGCUCUACCCCGUGCUCAGCAUGUCCUUACCUCGCAAAGUUCCUCCCAGCGGCCUUCAUCUUCACGGCCAAUACUUCCCGCCCAACACAACAGUUGGCUGCAAUCCCGUAGCAUUGCAUCGAAACCCAGAUAUUUUCGGCCCUGAUAGCGACCAGUUCAGGCCAGCGCGCUGGUUAAACGCAGACCGCAGCAUGGAGCGUACAAGUCUAGCCUGGGGCGGCGGUGCGAGAAGUUGUCCUGGACGACAUCUCGCAGAACUGGUGGUUUAUAAAGUCGUUCCGGCCUUGGUGAAAGAGUUCAGGAUUGAAACGGAUAUGCCUGACGAUGAGGGUCGGUCGUAUUUUCUGUCUAUGAUGACAGGUGUCAAGGUGCGGUUCCUUGAGAGGAAGAUGGAUGACUGUGACCCAUGA